CAUCUGGAAUACAUGUAAUACUCCGAUACUGUAGGUAAUCUAAUGACUUCUUCCCAAGGGGUAUGUUGGAAAAUGAACCUCGUUGUAAACUCUGCAGCGACCACCACCUGGCCUUUUCUCUUCCCCUUUCAAACAAACAAUCAAAAUUCAACAUGAAACCUUAAAUUUUUUCACUUUGCACAAAUCAUUUCACUGUAUAUGCACAGACACAACGUCGAAAUUCACAAAAAACAAAGAUGCCAGGACCAGGACCACAUAUGAUGUACACAUUAGGAUCCGGUUUAGGCCUGAUGAGUGUAUCUAAUGGCCGGUUCAGUCCUCAUCAUUGCCUUACAUAUUCAAUCAAUGCUUUUUUUGGACCGGACAUUGGAUCUUUCUCUGAGUGGCUUACAUCCACCCUUGGAUUAGGCAGUGCUUUGGGUUAUGCAAUUGAACCAUGGAUCCAUGACCCUUUUUAUUACAUCCUUUAUUCUUGGUAUACCCAUGUCUAUGCUUUAUAGCGAAGCUUCCAAAUUCCUCCUUAAAAAGGGAUUGCUUGAUUCUGUUUCUGGGGUGGCGCUUACGAGGAAACAGUGUCUUUUUCUGGCGGCUGCUGGAUCUUUAUCACAUUUUUUCUUGGACCAUUUAUUUGAGGAAAAUGGGAAGUCUACUAUGUACACUUGGAUAUUGAGCACAGGUUGGUGGGAAGGCCGAGCACCAAUCAAUCCAGAUGCUGUUGUUGUGGUUUGCAUUUUAUGUUGCUGCUUGAUUGCUGACUUUAUUUACAUCAACAGAGUGAAGCCACUGAAACUGCUCAAAUUAAGAGUUAUUAACUCUGUCAAGCUGAUGUUGGUAAUUGCUACCUUAUACUGCUUAUGGUGUGCGAGCCAAGUGUACUUGGUACGUCCUCGUAGACCAGCAGUUGGUGAAGAGGCUGAUCUUGGAGUUCUUGUGUUUAUGGGAAUAUAUUUUUUCCUCCCUCAUUGGCUAUGCAUUCUGUCCAUGAACUCAAGAGAUCCCCAAGAACUUAUGCCCCUUUGACUAAACGAAAAUCAUAGCGACCUAGUGACACAGAAAAUCUCAAAGGCUAAAAUUGAUUGAAGCCCUUGUUAGCAACAUUUUGUAGAGGAGCUGAACUAGUCAAUGUUCGCCGUUUUGUUGCAGCAUCUGUUACUCAUUAAGGUUCCUGGCAGCAGCUAGGCAUAAAUUUACCUUGCUUUCCUGGCUCCACAAAGUCAAAGUGUAGAGAUUGUGAUUUUGGAGCUGCAUUCUUUUUUAUCGGUGUUGUAGGUUAAACUGUAUGAUAGGUCCUGGUAAAGUAUUCGAAAAACAAAGGUGUUGCAAGUUUUGUUGAUCAAAUAAUUUAUCGUUCAUAGUUACACCUUCAUUGUGCAUUGAAAUAAAGAACUUGGAGAUGUUACAUGAA